AUGGAGUCGGCCGAUCAGUACCGGCAGCGGCUGCAAUCACUCCAAUCUCUGCCCGAACCCGAAGCAUCUGAGGCACUGCGCCAAGCGCUACUCAAAGAAGACGACCCAUGCGACAAGGACAUACAGAAGGAACCAUUAUGUUGGGAGAAAGCCCUCAUGAUCCCGGUGAAGCACAUCAUCGAUGAGAACGCCAAGUGCGAUGCCCUGGUGGCCAACCUUAUGGUUUGGUCAACUCUUUGUUAUAUCGUAAUGAAGUUCGAAGGCGACAUUCGCGCGCGUUGGCUCAAGAAGUCUAAGGCGCAGCGGAAGGCCAUCCUCGAAAAGGCUUGGCCAUCACAGCUACCAAAGAAUCAUCGCCCCGAUAUCGACAGGUCCGUUCUUAAUGCGUGCCCGCACCAGAGGCAUUCGCAUGGCCUGGCGCAGUACGCCUUUCCCCAUCUCAACCUUGAGGAUCUCACCAAGCCGCAUCCGUUGCUCAUCCUUCUUAACGCACGUGGCCGACACGCAAUGUGGAAAUUCGCCCUUCUGGAUUACGAGUUGGCUCCUCUGGUUCAUAUACGAUCAGCACUUCUCGAGAAGACAAAGUACACUAUGCAGCUGAACUUAGGAGGAUAUGGGCAGAUAGUUCAGUGGAAUACGGAAGAGGACGCCGCUGAAUCGAUGAGCAGAGGGGAUACCAUACAUCCUUUGCCUGGCUCACACAUUAUGGCGAUGCAGAACAUGGUAUACCAAUUCCUUCAACUCUGUGUUGGCGAAAUCUUGUCAGAUAACGCUAUGGUGCGACUAGCCAUCACCGAGCAAUCGUGCGUAAAUCUACCUCAGUUCGACGAACCUGCUCCUGAUUCACCCGAGCCUCCAGCUCUCACUUGCAGCGACCAGGACUUCACCUCGCUCAAUGCUAUCGUACGCGAAGCAUGCUAUCGUGUACCCACAUUGGAAGAUCUCGGUCGACUCGAAACACUGGUGUCGGCAUGUCAGAAUGCGACGGAAGACCACAUCUGGUUGCUCCGAGAGGAUCCAGGAUACUUUCGAGAGUCUACACUUGAAUGCAAAGAACAUCGGCCUGAGCUACUGCCAGGUAUUCGUUGCAAACAAACACACAGGAGUGCGCGCAACGAAGUUCUUUGGCCUCGUGUGUUACAUAGUAUGGCCACCGACUGCUACAUUGAUCUGUUCAUGUGGAACGAACUACGUCAACGUAUAUCUGAGCUCAAUCGUCUUUCCUUGCUAUACAAAGACGGGCUUGGGUUUGGGACGCUUGGUGGCAAAGAAGAGCUCCCGAAAGACUUCUCAGAGUCACUCGUUGAAGCAUGGUCUUUUCUAGAAUUCUUCCAAUUGGAAAUCAUACAAGAGCUGAGGGCAGCCUGGUCAUCCUCUUUAGAAAUUCGCGCCUAUUUCUCCCAAGAAUGCGAUCACAGUGUGGAAGAUAUGGUGGUGGGUAUCAAAUUCACCGGCAAAGGUAGUCGCAAACGAGACAAAGAACUGGAGCGCGUCUUCACUCUUUUCAAGUAUCUUUGGGAGCCACCCGUCCGACAGUCGUUAAAGGUGCACACUCUGGUGGAGGCACUGGACAACCUCCUGCAAAAUAACGAGCGAGCGAGGGACUUGACUUCCCCAUUCGCAGCUUCCCUCCUUUCAAAGCUUUCCAUAGUCUCGGAAUGUCUUCGUCAACUCAGCUUCUUCCUACCAUGGGCAAAGCGAGUUCAUUAUCUAGCCAAACAGCGACAGACAGAGCUCAUGACAGCCUAUGCUAUCAACCUCUCUUGGUGGCACUCAACUUUGAGCACAACCUUCGAGGGAACCAACCUCGCUGAUCUUGGGAAGCCAGGCGCAAGGUUUCGCUAUCCAGUCAACAAGCGACGAAGCAGGAUGACCGUCGAAAAUCUCAGGAGUGCAGAGGCGGCCCUGGACGCGUUCUGGCAUGCUGCAGAUGUUCGAUUUAGAGAAUGUACUGGUACUACGCCUCGCGACAUAGUCUCCGGUCUUAUCAAGGAGCGUACUCUACAGCGCACGCCGCUUUGGGUCGAGCCCGAGGAGGCUUCAAACUCCUCUGCGCCAAUUGAAUACGUAUACGUUCCAGUCUCCAAUGACUUCCACGACCCUACAAAGCAGAUCACCGGCGCAUUUGACAAGAUCAAUCUGAGCAAUACCAACAAAGCAAAGUCUCAUGGUCUGGCAGCCCUCAACACCGAGGAUGGUCAUGAGAACAACCCGAACGUGCCAGAAGCCCCCACCAACAUCGACGAACAACCGACUUUCCGUCUCGAUAAGCGCGCGCACAAAGUCUUCAAGGUCUUUUCCAUUCACCACUUUCGCGCGACCAUCCUGGUGAUAUCCCCUGGCACGACUUCCUAUACGCCAUGGUAG